AUGUCGACGACUCCUCGCGCUCGCGGCCGGUCGUCCCACCGCCGCGCCCGGUGCAGGUGCUUAGGCGGCAACAAAGGGGAACGCAGCACGCCGUGCUGCUCCUUCAACCCGCUGAGGUCCCUCUUCCGCUGCCCCGGCCGAGACCGUAGCCGUAGCCGCAGCCGCAGCAAGCAUGGGCAGCGGACACCGUCGAAGGUCCGUGAUGCGCUGACGAUGGCCGCCGGAGCGCAGCAGCAAACCCAGGAGGAGGAGCCUUCUUUCUUCGUGUACGCCAUGCCGAACCAUAGCGGCUUCGGCGCCACCGACGAGCACAAGAAGAAGAAGAAGCACCGGAAACCGCGCAUGCCGUCCUUCGGCCCGUGCUUCCACAGGAAGAAGAAGGAGCGGAGGCAGGCCAAAGCCGCGGCCACGGUGAGCGCCCCGCGGCGCCUGGCGCUCACGCCUGCUGUGUCGCUGCUGACACAUCCGCCUGGCUCCCCUGCGUCGGAGAAAGUGCAGGUGCAGGCCGCGACGACCCCUUCUGUGACGCAGCCACCUUCUCCUACGCCUACGGAGGACGGCAGCACCACCGUCAACUCGCCAGCGCCGACAGGACGACAACCGGCCACGGCGAGGUCGGUCAAGCACUCGACGGACUCGACGCGGUCACCUUUCGCGCCGCAGAUGCAGCAGCAGCAGCCGAAGCAGGUGGAGGGGCUGGAGAUCGUCGAGGUGGCGACGGGCGAGCGGCUGUCGACGCACGAAUUGGGCCUCAUCGAGAUGGUGGGCAGCUCAACUGACAACUCCGCAGAGUCCUCCGUGAAGUCAUCGCUAGACUACGUCAACGAGCCACCACUGCCAGCCAAGCGGACGGUGGUGGAGCGGGAAGCUGCGGCGGUGCCGGUGAAGAUUAAGGAGGUUCCGCCGAAGCUGUGGCUCAACGGCAAAUCGGCCGAGUCCCGAGCACGGGAACGGUUCUCCGAGCCUCUUGUGGCUGCGGCGGCCGAGGAACUGUGGACGCACGACGUCGCGUGCAGCCACGUGCACGCCGUCAUGCUCGCCGAAACGGUCAUAGCCUCCCGUAGUCGCGUGGUCAGCCUCUGUGGAGUGUCCCCAGCACAAUCGCCAAAAGCCCAAAAGCCACCAAGCCACCACCUACGCCGCCGCGCCGCCGCAUCAAACAACGGCGGGACGACGCCUAUGGCAUUCACCUCCCAAUCCCUAAUCUUCCGAGCGCCCGCCUCGCCUCCUUGUGCUCGCAUAGCCCCUUCGGUCGGUCGCGUCACCUUCCGGGACCACCGCGCCGCCUUCCCGCCCGUCCCGGCGGCCUCCACCUCGAUGGCGUCCUCGGAGGGCGAAGAUAAGAGGGAAGCCAAGCUUUGGGGCGGGCGGUUCGAGGAGGGCGUCACCGACGCCGUGGAGCGCUUCACGGAGUCCAUAUCCUACGACUGGCAGCUCUACAAGUACGACAUCAUGGGCAGCAAGGCCCACGCCUCCAUGCUCGCCGGCCAGGGUUUGAUAACAGCUACUGAUAGGGAUAUCAUCUUAGAGGGGCUUGAUCAGAUAGAGAAGCUGAUCCAAGAAGGCAAAUUUGAGUGGAGGAAGGACCGGGAGGACGUGCAUAUGAACAUUGAAGCAGCUCUGAUUGAGAGGGUUGGUGAGCCAGCCAAGAAGUUGCAUACCGCUAGGAGCCGCAAUGACCAAAUUGUGACAGAUCUAAGGCUAUGGUGCCGUGAUGCUAUUGACAAGAUUUUGAUUCGUAUCAAGCAGUUUCAGGUGUCUCUGGUUAUUUUGGCUUCAAAAUAUGUUGACUUAAUAGUCCCGGGUUAUACUCAUCUGCAAAGGGCACAACCUGUUCUGCUGCCACAUCUUCUCUUAUCAUAUGUUGAACAGUUGGAGCGUGAUGCUGGUCGGCUGGUCAACUGCAGGGAGCGAGUGAAUUUCUGCCCUCUUGGUGCUUGUGCUUUGGCUGGAACUGGACUUCCCAUUGAUAGGUUCCAAACUGCUAAAGAUUUGAAAUUUACGGCUCCAAUGAAGAAUAGCAUUGAUGCAGUAUCAGACCGUGACUUUGUACUAGAGUUUCUUGCUGCCAAUUCAAUUGCUGCUGUUCAUCUUUCGCGAAUUGGUGAAGAAUGGGUUCUUUGGGCGUCAGAGGAAUUUGGGUUCCUGACACCAAGUGACAAAGUUUCAACAGGAAGCAGCAUUAUGCCCCAGAAGAAAAAUCCGGAUCCAAUGGAGCUUGUUCGUGGGAAAUCUGCUAGGGUUGUUGGAGACCUCAUGACUGUUCUAACCCUCUGUAAAGGCCUUCCACAGGCCUACAACCGUGACCUUCAGGAAGACAAGGAACCCUUGUUUGAUAGUGUGAAAGCUGUAUUAGGAAUGCUUGAAGUAUGCACGGAGUUUGCUCAAAAUAUCUCUUUUAAUUCGAAAAGAAUACAAAGUUCCCUUCCAACUGGUUAUCUGGAUGCAACGACGCUGGCGGAUUAUCUUGUGAAGAAGGGAGUUCCUUUCAGAACUUCUCACGAGAUAGUUGGAAGGUCUGUUGCUCUAUGCGUCUACAAGCAGUGUCAGCUAGCUGAGCUUGAAUUGGAUGACCUAAAAUCUGUCCAUCCUGUAUUUGAGGGCGACGUCUAUGAAUACCUGGGGGUUGAAAACGCUGUAAACAAGUUCAUAUCCUUUGGCUCUACUGGUUCAGAACAAGUAAAGAAGCAGCUUGAGGAUUGGCGCAUCCAGCUCGGGAUCAGCUCAUAA